AUGGCGGUGGACAAGGAAAAGCUUCAGGAAGAAUCCGUAAUCCGCCGCUUCUACCAGAUUAUUCUUAGUUGGGACUACUUUGGGACUGCGAAGUCGGGACUCGUGAAGGUGAAGAACCGGUACACAGACAUUGAUGACUAUAUUGCCACCUACGAACCCCUCAUCUUUGAAGAAGCCAAAUCUCAGAUCAUUAAGGAGAAAGAGGAGGAAGAGGUGACUGAUUGGAAAUUAGGCGUGGUAAAAAGUUGGAGUGAGGCAGAUGACUUUCACUUCAUAGAAUUUCCGUGUGAAAUCAUUGAGGGAGAAUCAAUAUCACAGAAUGAUCUUUUGCUGCUUUCGAAAGAUAAUUUUCUGGAUGGCAAAAGAUUACCUACUGUUUAUGCAUUUGCUUUGGUGGAACAUGUCCGGAAGUUUUUUGAAACAAGACUUGUUCGAGUUAGACUCUAUCUUGCUGGGGAGUUCUCCAAAUUUAAUACAGAUAAUGUACAAUCUUGCCCCAGGCUGUUUAACAUGCGAUCUCAUCUGUGCAGCUUAUCUACUAUUGCUCGUGAAUAUGUGGCUAUACGAACUAUAGGCUGUCUCCCGUACAAGGAUUUAAUAAUAAGUGCAGUUGGGGAAAAUUUAAGCACAGAAGUUGAGGGAUGGAAAAUCCCAACGCCGUUAAGGGAAUAUGUUGAUAAUACAUUUAAUCAGUACCAACGUGAGGCCAUUACAGCUGGUCUAUCAUCAAAAGCCUUUGUAUUGAUACAGGGCCCCCCAGGGACUGGGAAGACUCAAACCAUACUUGGGAUUCUAAGUACCAUUUUGCAUGCAACUCCUACAAGAAUGCAUUCAAAGACCUAUGAACUAAGGCAGGGACCACAAUUACCUAUUGAGGAGAAACGAAGACAUUGGGGACUAGCUUCUCCAUGGCUAAGUAGUAUUAAUCCAAGGGAUAGUCUGAUGCCAAAAGAUGGUGACGAUGGUUUUUACCCAACUACUGGAAAUGAACUAAAACCUGAAGCUGUUACUUCAAGUCGCAAGUAUCGUGUAAGAGUGUUAGUAUGCGCCCCAUCAAACUCUGCCCUUGAUGAGAUUGUGUUGAGGGUGCUCAAUGGAGGUGUACAUGAUGAAAAUGACCGUGUUUAUUGCCCGAAAAUUGUGCGGAUUGGUCUCAAAGCACAUCAUUCUAUCAAGGCUGUUUCCCUGGAUGAACUUAUGAAACAAAAACGUUCUACUGCCAACAAAUCGUCCACCAAUAAACAGAGUAGUGGUCCUGCAGGAAGUAAUGAUGACAGUAUCCGUGCUGCAAUUUUAGACGAGGCCACUAUUGUCUUCUCCACUCUCAGCUUUAGUGGAUCCCAUGUCUUCAGUAAGCUAAAUCGUGGAUUUGAUGUUGUGAUUAUAGAUGAAGCAGCACAAGCUGCUUGUGACAGUCAUGCACUACCUACCUCUAAGCAGAGCAAUGUCACGCCUCCUUCACAAACUUCGCCAGACCUCCUUGUCUCUAUUUUGACCCUUGGUUCUCAAUUCCAGCUUUGGUUGAGGUGCAGCUUCUCCCACUCUCCCUCUCAAGCGGUGGAGCCUGCAACUCUUGUUCCGCUAGCCAAUCAAUGCAAAAAAGUUUUUCUGGUUGGUGAUCCAGCUCAACUUCCAGCAACUGUAAUUUCAGAUAUUGCUAAGAAUCACGGAUAUGGCACAAGCUUAUUUGAAAGAUUGAAGGAGGCUGGUUAUCCAGUUAAAAUGUUGAAGACUCAAUAUCGAAUGCAUCCUGAGAUAAGAAGCUUUCCCUCUAGGGAGUUUUACGGAGAUUCAUUGUUAGAUGGGGACGAGGUCAAAUCAAGGACAAUACGUGCAUGGCAUGAUUAUCGCUGCUUUGGUCCCUUUUGCUUCUUUGAUAUACAUGAGGGAAAAGAGGCUCGGCCGUCUGGGAGUGGUUCAUGGAUAAAUGUUGAGGAAGUUGACUUUGUUCUAUUCUUGUAUCAAAAACUGAUUUCACUUUAUCCGGCACUGAAGUCUGGUAACCAAGUUGCAAUUAUAUCACCCUAUAGUCAACAAGUCAAACUCUUUCAAAAGCGUUUUGAAGAGACCUUUGGAAUGUCAGCUGAGAAAGUAGUGGAUAUAUGUACUGUUGAUGGUUGCCAGGGACGGGAAAAAGACAUUGCAAUAUUCUCUUGUGUCAGGGCAAGCAAAGAUAAAGGUAUAGGGUUUGUGGAAGACAAAAGACGAAUGAAUGUUGGGAUCACUAGAGCAAAGUCAGCAGUGCUGGUGGUUGGAUCUGCCUCAACAUUAAGGAGGAGUGAACAAUGGAAAAAGCUAGUGGAAAGUGCCGAGAAAAGGAACUGUUUAUUCCAAGUUUCUCAACCAUAUUCAGCGUUCUUCAGUGAUGAAAGUCUGACCUCCAUGCAAACAAAGUUGGCUGAACCAUCCCAGGUGAUUGGACCAACUGAUACAGUAGAUAAUGAUGAGCAGCCUAACAACGCUGUAGCAUUUGAUGAUCAAGCACAAGCUGAGGACAAUGACGAUGGCGAUGUGGAUAUGAAUGAUGCAGGUUUUGAUGAGGAUUAG